GUAAUAUAAAAUACUCGGUGUUUGGUUUUUAGAAAAAAACAACAAAGAUGAAAUUCUUCGCCGUAUUUGCCGCCGUGUUGGCUCUGGCCGCUGGGUCUCCGCAUACGUGGUCGCUGCAAGAGCUGUCCGAAGCUCUGCAGAACCCGCACACCAACCCCGAGUACAUCCCAUACCUGGAACAUGCACUCAACCAGAUCAUGGAAGACCUGCACGCCGGCAAGCCUGUUACUCCUGUGGCUGUAAUCAUGCCAACAGCUACCCAAUGGACUUUGGAGGAGUUGUCCAGCGCUCUUCAGAGCCCGGCCACCAACCCAGCCAUGGUGCCCUACCUUGAAGACGCCCUCAACGCCAUGAUGGAUGCUCUCUUCAAUGGACAACAAAUCGAGACCAUGCCAGUCGUCAUCCCCGUGGAGUUGGCGCCUGCACAGGCCGGUGGAUCCAUCGUUACUGCCCCAGUGAUCGCUACUCCAGUUCUCCCCACUCCUGUCCUGCCUGAAAUCGUUGCGCCUGCCCCAGUUCUCCCUAGUCCUGAGGUGCCUGCCCCCGAGGCCCCUGCUGCAGCUCCCACCUCAAGCCCUCUGGUACAAAUCAUCGUCAACAUCAACCAACAAGACCAGGUUGCGGCCAGCCCUGUAGCCCCUGAAAUCGCCCCCACCCCCGUCAUGGUUGUGGAUGAGGCUGAAAACAUCAGCGUUAACCCCGUUGAUGUGAUCGCCAUUCAACCCCCCAUGUAAAGUAGAGAUAACCUUCACCCAUACAAAGCUAGCCCACUAAAGAAUGAGACCUCUAUUGCAAAAUAGUAUUAUAUAAAAAUAAGACGAAUUUAUACUUAUGUAAUUUCCAUUAAAUUAUCUUGAUUUCUAAUACACUGUAAAUAUAUGACAGCCUGAAAAUAAAUUAGUUUAUGAUAUUA